AUGGGUCUUCUCGAGAACUUGACGGCCGUCAGCCCGCUUUACUUCGCGGGCACGUUAUUCGGGGCUUUCAUCCUGCUUCUGGUCUUCUACAGGGCCAGGGCCGAGUACCACAUCAGUAGAUCGGGCGGCGUGAGAGCGCCAGUCAUCGCGUCCAACCCGAUAUCAGGUAGCUACCAUGGACCUCCCCCAUCUACGUUAAAAGCCGCAGCUAAAUGGUGCAAAGCGAUCCCGGUGUUCCUCGAGCUCGGCCGCUACCAGCUCAGACACCAACUUCUCGAGGGCUUCAACACUCUCUUCAGCGUCGCCACACCCGAGUGCCCGAACACAGCCGAAAUCAGCUUCACAAACAAGGUCCGAUUCCUCAUCACCAGGGAGCCGGAGCACAUCAAGACGAUUCUCACCUCCAAGUUUGCGGACUUUGGAAAGGGCUUCAUGUUCCACCAGGUCUGGUCCCCGUUCCUGGGCGACAGCAUCUUCACCACCGACGGCAAGACAUGGCAGGACAACCGGAGCUUGAUCCGGCCCAUGUUCAUCAAGGACCGGGUUAGCGACCUCGCCAUCUUUGACAAGUGGACCAACAUCAUGAUCGAGAAGUUCCCGGCAUCCGGCGUGACAUUUGACAUCUCGGACCUGUUCUACCGGAUGACGCUCGACGUGACGACCGAUUUCCUGCUUGGGCACAGUGUCAACAGUCUCGGGAACCCGAAGCACCACUUUGCGCAUGCCUUCAACGAGGUUCAGAGCUACCAGAUGUUCUACACCAUCAUGGCGCCGUUUGAAACCAUUCUGCCCCACGGCAAGUACAAGCGCGGCAUCAAGGUGAUUGAGGAGUUCAUUCACCCCUUCAUACAAGAGGCACUCGCCCUGCCACCCUCGGAGCUCGAGAAACUCUCCAAGUCGGACAAGGACUUCACCUUCCUCCACAACAUCGCCCGAUUUACGCGCGACCCGAAGAUGAUCCGUGACCAGCUCGUCGCCAUCCUCCUUGCCGGGCGCGACACGACGGCGGCGACGCUCUCGUGGACACUGUACGAGCUGUCGCACUACCCGGCCACCUACGCCAAGCUCCGCAACGAGAUUCUGACGACAGUGGGGCCGAGGCGGGCGCCGACGUAUGAGGACCUGAAAAGCAUGAAGUACCUGGCCAACUGCCUCCAGGAGACGCUGCGGCUGUAUCCGGCGGUGCCGUUCAACGUGCGCUCGGCGCUGACGACGACGACGCUGCCUGGGAAGAAUGGUGCGCCGGACAUCGCCGUGAUCGAGGGCGACUCGGUGGUAUACAGCACGCUCGCAAUGCAAAGGCGACGGGACCUGUACCCCGAGGUUUCCGAGACGUUUGCGGACCCGGCCAUCUAUAGUCCUGAGAGAUGGGAGAACUGGCAGCCGAAGCCGUGGCAGUACGUGCCGUUCAACGGCGGCCCUAGAAUCUGCGUCGGGCAGAACUUUGCCAACACAGAGAUGGCUUAUACAAUGGUCCGAAUCUUGCAAAGAUUCGAGAAGCUCGAGUACCGCGGCGACUGGGACGCGCAAUUCCUGAAGGCGGAGAUCGUCGGCGCGCCAGGACAUGGUGUGCCGAUUGCGUUGUUCGAAGCCAUCGACGGCGAGAUGGCGUAG